GGGUGCUCCCCCAACUACCACGGGGACCCCGAUCUGCGCGCCAACAGAUCGGCCGACAUCCUAGACGAGGACAACUGCUCGUUCUGGAUCACCAACCUGCCGCCCGACGUGACGUACACCGAGUUCCUGUCGCACAUCCGGGAGAUUGGCCGCGUGUUUGCCCUGUCCAUGACGGCGCCCAACGCCACGACUGGCCACGAGACGAGCGCGGCCAAGCUCGUCUUCUUCGAGCUGCGCGCGGCGCAGUUGUUCUGGAACCGGUUUCCAAAGUACUACAGCGAUGGGCUGGUCAUUCGCGGCUACCGGGCUAUCAUCCGCCACAACCGCACUAAGUUCGCCGAGAUCACGACUCUACGCGACGCGACGCGCGUCGUUACUAUCUCGGGCCCCACCUCCAUCGUCAACAUCUCCACCCUCACGAAGUACUUCCAGGCGCGCUUCUACUAUGAGACGGAUGAUGUCAACAUCAUUGUCAAGGGCCAAAACUUCUCGGUUAUCGAGUAUCGUUUCAGCAGCUACCGCGCGCAGGCUGAAUCGGCGCAUCGCAGCCUCACGACUGAUGUAAACAUGAUC